UUGUUGAACUAAUCUUCAAUUACACAAAGUUUGAGCAGAUAUUUUGAUUAGCAAUCACUAAUUUUUUGUUAGUUUUGAGUAAGUGUUGUCAUGUAUUAGCUCUUCAAUAAGUUCUAAUCUUAAGUCAUUUAAAUCUUUUGGUUCUAGUGUUUUCUGUGAAAUAUACUGUAAUUUCUCUCCCUCUUGGAAGUGUAUCAUGCUUGAAACACUCAUUUGUGGCGUAUUGUUGGUUUUUUAUUUUGAUUCCAUUGUUUUUAAUUAUAGGCAAAAGUGCAAAAAAACCCCUGAACUAUUCACUUUGUUGCAAAUCUCCCCCUAAACUACAAAAGUGUGCAAAUACCCCCCGAGACUCACCGGAUCAGCUUUCCGGCGUCUGUUGAUUUGAAAUGACUGAAAUAACCUUACUUAUUAAAUAAUAUAAAGAAGAAUAAAAAAGCCUAAUUGUGAAAUACCAAUUUUACCCCACUAAUUUGACUGCCAACUCAUCAACUGAUUCAGAUACAGAGUGAAGAUGGUCCCAACAGUGUUACCACCAAGAGUCAAAGUCAAGCCACAACGAUAGAUAUAGUAUGCUCAACAUAGAAGUUGCAGAGAAGCUUUUCACAUUAAAAAAUUAAAGGAAAACGAAUUUAGAAAAUUCCUAACCUCACGAAGUUUCACUCUCAUUUUCUUUUCUACAAUCUGAUUUUGCUUUUCUUUCAAUUCCAGCCUCUCUAGUUUCCAAGAAAACCCAAGAUUUCUAUCACUUUCUGGUUCCUCUUUUUCUUUCAUCAGACAAUUCUCUGCCUUUGCCUUGGAGAACGCGUAAUUUAAUUUCCCCUUCAACAUUGCUUCUUGUUCUUACCAUGCCCAAAUCAACCCACUUCAUAUUUCACAAUUUAUGCAUGUGUUAUCAUCAAUUUCCAGAAACCAAGUAAACUCACUCAAGGUUUAAGUGUAGUUUGGAAAUGGCGAAAGGUACCAGGGGACGCCGCAGGAUCGCUUCACGACAGUGCAGACCGGCCCCUUACUCAUUGCAAUCUGAGGGCAUCCACUCAAAGAAAUGCUCCAAUGUCUUGCAUAAAAAAGAUUGGGAAGAUGCGACAUGUGCUGUAUGUAUGGAGUGUCCUCAUAAUGCUGUUCUUCUGUUAUGUUCCUCUCAUGACAAAGGUUGCCGUCCCUACAUGUGUAGCACCAGCUUGCGUUACUCCAACUGUCUCGAUCAGUACAAGAAAGCCUACACUAAAGUUAAAUCAUGCCAUCAUGGGCAACCUUUGCAUGGCUCAGUUUCUAGUUGGCCCAUUGAGAAAUGUGAAAUAACGGAACUUGCAUGCCCACUUUGCAGGGGGCAAGUGAAAGGGUGGACUGUGGUGGAACCUGCACGGGUGUAUUUAAAUGCUAAGAAGAGGAGCUGCACGCAGGAUCAUUGCUCAUUCAUUGGAACUUACAAGGAGCUGCGGAAACAUGUGAGGGCGGAGCACCCUUCUGCAAGGCCGCGGGAAGUGGAUCCUAUUCUCGAACAGAAUUGGAGAAGUUUCGAGCGCGAGCAAGAACAGAACGAUGUGAUCAGUACUAUAAUGUCAACUAUGCCGGGAGCAAUGGUUUUGGGUGAUUAUGUGAUAGAAGGAAAUCAUUUUAGUUCUGAUACAGACGAAGAUGAAACUUUUGAUGCAGAUGCCCCUGAGAGUAACGGGGGGUUUGAAGCGGGAAUCGAUAGCAAUUUGGUCAAUUUCUUUCUUUUGUUGCAUGCAUUUGGGCCAACAAGAAAUGUUGGCAGAAAUAGAGGGACGAGGAGGCAUGAGGGGAACUCUGGCCGCACAUCGCAUGAAGGUGGUGUUGGAUUUCUAUCCUCCGAUCAAGACAGUGACAAUGAUGAUGACAAUGAUGGUGGUAGCGGUGACAAUGAUGGUGGUAUACCGUUUAGCCAUUUUCCCCGCCAGCGCAGAAUAGUGUCAGCGAGGAGAAGUCGAAGAUAAAUAUCUUAAUGAUGGUGGAAACUGGGAAAAGUUAGUUUUGGGUAGGAAGAAUAUGGAAUUUAUUUUCAACAUUCGUUUCACAGUUGCGUCUCAUUUCUCUCCUGGUUGUUGAAAUGGAAUACCAGAAAAUGAAGGUGGAAAAGAAAGUUGCUUUUGUGCAACUUUUAGUAGUGUAAAUAUUCAUUCCUUCUUUACUUGCCAAAAAAUAAAUUAACACACCUGUACCAUAUUGUGUUUAAAAGUAAAUUUUCAUUAUUCCUGUACCAUAUUUUGUUUAAAUGGCAAAAGGUACUGUAUAUACAUGCUAUUGCUGGUGCAAAUAUGUUUGUGGAAUGAUACUCUGACUUGCUAUUGUA